AGCUAACUUCGUACAGUCAGUGAAACUUGGUCGAGAAGAAGAUCUGUGAUACCUCAAGCUUCUCCUUCUGCUCUGACUCGAUAUCACUCCUUUUCUCCGACUUUGACAUUCUUAUGCCUUCCACAAUUGACUCCAUACCAUUUCCGAGAUCUCUCAGCGACAUUACACUUUGCAAACUCAUCCUUCUCCUCAGUUGUUUUCCGUUGUGUGAUCAAGGCGAGUACAUUCUGAUUUUGACUAGAAAGCAUCAUUCUACCCACCCUCAAGUUUGGAUCUUUGUGGCAUACAGUAUAGGUUGCAUUCAAAGCGAGGCGAAAGAAAUACAAGUUCAAGUUCCGCACCCUUACCUUCGGUACUGUUCCUCGUCUGGAAGGGUAGGUUCGGAAGGAAUUUUCUGGUUGAUUUGAUAGCAUCUUUUGGAGAUGCACCCUAAUUGAAGUUUCGAGGGAUCGACAGCUCCAAACUGCGAUGCAUGCUGAAGGUCAGAGGAGGAUGGCGAUGGAAGGCGUAAUGGUUGAGAUGCUUGCUGCUCGUGUCUCAGCUUCAGCCUAUAUAUUUUGGAUACCACAGUCGGGUCUGCUCAAAGACGAUAGAGGCGAUGGCGACAGCCAAGGAGUACGGUGAUCACGCUGAUGAUCAGUCAGGCUCGACAUUCGCUCUCACUGAAGAAGACCACACUCUCGGCAACUCCCUUCGAUACAUUCUCAACAAAGAUCCUCGAGUCUCAUUUGUUGGCUAUACGAUACCUCAUCCAUCGGAAGAGCGUGUGCAUCUGCGUCUGCAGACCACAGGCUUGUCUGCCCGGAGUGUUCUCAAGGACGCUCUCAAGGAUCUGAUGGCCGUAAGUGAGCAUGUGCGUGUAACUUUUGAAAAAGCUGUGGAGGAACAGAAGGCGCUGCAAGGAGUGAGGGAGAUGAGCGUGGGAGUGAGUGGCAAGUCUGGCAUCACCCAUCAAACCGCUUCUACAGCUGCCGAUGCGACCUAGGACCGUAGUCCUCGAACCGAUUGCGGGAACUCAUGUCGGUGUAAGACCCUCGGCCCCCCUUGCAUCACGCCCGAAGCUUUUGAACUCCGGCAUGAGUAUUCUGUAAUCACCCUCGAUCAGAUCCUCCGUUUCCGCCCAGAGCUUGAGCGGGCAUUGAGCGGAACUGUGAGGCGUCGAAUGACUUCAUGUACGUGUGUAAGGUGCAAGUGAGUGCGACUGAGGCAUAGGGAUCCUGAGCCUCGGAAUGUUGCGCUCGAAACUUGGUUCUUAACCCGUUGCCUCCAGAGUCGAGUCCGCACGAGAUAGUUGACUUGAAUGUUGUUGCGCUCGACAUCGAUUGAGUGAGCCGGGACCCAAAAUUAUAUCGCUUGAAGGUAACACGAAGGGUUGUAGAUUGCGACCGGAGAUCUUCGAAAAGCGAGAUAAGAUACUUCUAAAUCUAGCAUUUAAAUGGAACACAAGUUCAACUUCUUAAUACAUCAGAUGUCCCGUGGAAUUUCGGAUUAAUCUUCUCGAGUGAGAAUAUUAGUAAUAUUAUUAGACGUUGAGAAU